CUGCUGCGACAUUGACAUUGAAGGUACCGCACGUAUUUAUUAAAUUAAGUGGGUACCUUGAGGAGCGGAAUCGGUUUAACCCUUUAUUGAUUCGUGUUUUUUUUUUUUUUAAUUAUUUAUAAGUGAGUGGUUCAGUGAGUAGAUAAAGUAUCGGUUUGUGGUGUUUAUAGAGCGGCAUAAGAAUAACCGCGAAAGUGAACUUCCUUAUUAAAUGGAUUAACGCCAAAAAAAGAUUAAAAUAAUUUUCACUCGGGAUGGAGCUGCACACUGUGCUGUGCUUUAUCCUUCUCAUCUUCGUUUCCACUACCGAAGAAAGAAGUUACAAUGGACCACCUAUUGCCUCUGAACAAUCGCGUCAUAUUCCAUCCACAAAUGUUCUCAGCUUCAGAAGAGAUUCAGUGGAACACGUUCCGGAGGUGGAACCCUCCUAUAGCAUCAAAAAAGGCUCCUAUAUGACCCUGGAGGAGUUUGGCAGCAAAAGUCUCCCUCUCAGAGCCGCCGUGGAAAGCGUGCCUGAUGCAAUUGAGGGUACUAAGAGGUUACCGCUGCGUGACGCAGUGGAAAAACGGCCGGAGCUUGAGCAAGAAUCUUUAAACACUCGUCGGUUUAGUUUCAACCAAGCGAAACCCGUUGAGCAAUUUCAGAGGAAUGUUGCAUAUCAGCUACCAGUUUAUUUUACUCAAGCAAACCAGUUUAAAACUCUAAUAAAUAGCUACUCGAUUUCGCCAUAUAGAAUCAGCAAUGGAUAUCAGCAACUGCUGGUCAGUCCCAUCAUAAAUAGGGGCAGAAGUUUGAAAUUGGAUAAUAAUUACGAGGACAGCAAAAAGAUCGUGUGUUACGUAGAAGCUGCCGCAGCUUAUAGGAGGCAACCUUUAACCUUUACAGCUGAGGAUCUCGAUGCUAACCUUUGCACUCAUGUAAUUUAUGCUUUUGCUUCAUUAGACCCUGAUAGCUACAAUGCGGUUGCUAAUGAUGAAGAAUACGAUAUUGUUCAAGGUGGAUACAAAUCAGUGGUUUCCCUCAAGCGAUUUAAUAAGAACCUGAAAGUUCUUCUUGCGGUGGGAGGACUAAAAGAUCAAACUUCUCAUAGGUUUCACGAAAUGAUCAGCAAUGCCAAUAAAAGGAGAAACUUUAUCCGGUCCACUUUUAACUUAAUCAAGCAGCACGGAUUUGAUGGGGUAGAGAUCCAUUGGGAGUAUCCGGCAAUGGAGGAACUCGGAGGCCGUCCAGAGGAUAAGGAACAUUUUCAGUUAUUCUUGGAGGAAUUGGCUGAAAUAUUUAAACAGAGUGGUUUGUUAGUGGCUCUUGCGGUACCUUCUUCAAGAUUUCGUAUAGAGGAUGGAUAUUUACCUGCGAAACUGAAUGACGUGGUGGAUUUUGUUAAUGUGCAGGCCUACGAUUUUCAUAGGGAGAGGGAUCCAGUCGCGGAUCAUCACAGUAACUUGAACGCUAGACCUAAUGACGAAGGCGUCAAUAUUUUUAUUAAUGUGGACUACGCCGUACAAUUCUGGAUAAGAAAUGGCCUGCAGAGCAACAAAAUAAUCCUGGGAAUACCAUUUUUUGGAAGAUCUUUCACCCUAAAGUACCCGAACGAUACCGAGGUGGGUGCACAGAUUAAAGGUCCGGGAGCCGAAGGUUUUUACACACAAACCCGAGGAUUUUUGGCAUAUUUUGAAAUUUGCGACAUGUUAGUAAACGAGGGAUGGUACAGAGGCCAUGAUGCUGAUGGCAGUUCUUAUAUUGUCAAUGGCGAUCAAUGGGUGGGUUACGAUGACGAGGAAAGCAUUAGGAAAAAGUUAUCUUAUGUAAAGAAACACAACCUGGGAGGCGUAUACGCUUGGGCAGUGGAUUUGGACGAUUUCAAAGGACUUUGUGGCAACAAAUGGCCUCUACUUGGCACAAUAAAUAAACAAUUAAAAGGUAAUUUAUAUAUGGACAAUAUUUGUCACAUAUUUUAUCGUCAAGUAAAUUCGUCAGAUAAGUCUCCAAUGUUGAUCGCCGACCUGCACACCCCCACAAAACCUUUCGGUACGUGCCAAUCGGAGGGGUACUACAGCGAUCCGAAGAACUGUGCCGGUUACUACGUGUGCAAAAACGGACUGAGCUACCAUUUGUCUUGUGGUCCAAAUAAAAUGUUCGAUUCUACUAACGGGAAAUGCGUCAAAUUAAAUGCAAGAAAAUGUAGACCUGGCGAAACUGUUUAUAUUCAUCAUCAUUUGAAGAGUGCCAGUCAGCAGUUGAGGUCUUUGGAAGAUGAUGAUGAACCCAAGGUCGUCUGUUACGUCACCAAUUGGUCGUUCUACAGGAAAUCUGAUGGGAAAUUUGUUCCGGAGCAUAUUGAUCAACGACUUUGUACGCACGUCGUUUACGCUUUUGCUACUUUGGAUCCCGAGACGCUUUUGCUGAAGGAGUUUGACCCCUGGGCAGACCUUGAUAACAAUUUAUAUGAAAGAAUAACCUCCCUCAAAGACACCAAGGUCCUAUUAUCCCUCGGCGGUUGGACCGACUCCGCCGGAGACAAAUAUUCCAAAUUAGUGAGCGAUGGUUCGGCGAGAAGACGUUUUGUGGUCGGCACGGUCGGAUUUUUGAGAAGACACGGCUUUCAGGGAUUACAUUUCGAUUGGAAUUACCCUAUUUGCUGGCAGAGCAACUGCAAAAAGGGUCCCGCCUCGGACAAGCCCAAUUUCAGUAAACUUAUGCAGGAGUUGGCGAACGAAUUUUCCAAGCAAAAUCCACCCCUGCUUCUCGCUGCCGCCAUAUCGGGCUACAAGGAAGUCAUCGAUGUCGCCUACGACUUACCUGCUUUAGGUAAAUCAUUGGAUUUCAUGUCAGUUAUGACGUAUGACUACCAUGGCGCGUGGGAAGGUAAAACUGGUCACGUAAGCCCACUCUAUCAACAACCCACUGACAAAUAUCCUCAAUAUAACACUAACUACACGAUGGAGUACUUGGUGUCAAAAGGGGCUCCCAGAGGAAAACUUCUUGUAAGUAUUCCGUUCUAUGGACAAAGUUUCACCCUGCCAAAAUCGGGUUCACACGACGAGGGAGCCCCUUCUAUUGGUCCCGGAGCGGCAGGCGAAUUUACAAAACAACCCGGAAUGUUGGCUUAUUACGAAAUAUGCCACAGAGUUAAAUAUCAGAACUGGAUGAGCAGAAAAAGUGCUUUGGGAGCAGGACCUUAUGCCUAUUCAAAAGAUCAAUGGGUUGGCUAUGAGGAUACGAACUCGAUCAAAGAGAAGGCCAACUAUAUUAGAACAAGCGGAUUUGCCGGAGCUGUGGCGUGGACAAUCGACUUAGACGACUUCAAUAACAAGUGUUGCUCUGGAAGCUUUCCACUUCUCCAUAGCCUCAAUGAGGCUUUAGGCCGAACCUCUCCUAUGUCCACUCAAGCAGAUUGCACCAAACCUCCCGCACCAUCUACACCAGCACCACCAGAAACAACCACUGGGGUUGAUUCGGGGGCGGCAACUUCUGGACAUAACCACAACCACGAAUGGACUACGGGUACAACAAAACGAACCACCACGUCACCAUGGUGGACCACUUCUUCAACUACGAGGAAACCGUCGACUGUUACGUCUCCUUGGUGGUCAUCUACGUCACGCAGACCGUCUUCCAGUAUUUCUACUUGGUGGACCCCUUCUUCUGAGCCGCCAUCGUCUACGUGGUGGAGCACUUCCAAGACCUCUACGACUAAACGACCACAAACUACUCCCUGGUGGGAUGCCACUCAUCCAACUCAUUCGAGUAGUACUACUAGCAGUACCACUCGCAAACCUCCUUCUCCUGACGACGGAUCCUGGAUUCCGCCACCCACCGUGGUACGUCCUGAUCCACAAAAGCCACCACAGAUGUCUUGCGAACCUGGACAGUACUUGGCCGAUUCGAAUAACUGCAACGCCUUCUAUAGGUGUGUAGGUGGAGAGCUUAGCAAGCAGUACUGCGCCGGAGGCCUACACUGGAACAAGGAAAAGAACAUCUGCGAUUGGCCAAGCUCAGCCAAAUGCAACGAACUACCUUAUAUGGGUACUACCAGUCGACCAUCUACAGCCUACAGUCAAACAACCGAAUACCAUUGGUCCACCACGUCAGCGACCACCCUGACUCACUAUACGGAGACGGAAAUGACCAUGGAUUGUGAUACGGGAGCUUAUUAUCCACACGAGAAGUGCAACAUGUUUUACGUAUGCGUGAACAAUCAACUUUUGGCGCAAAGUUGCGCUCCGGGUUUGAACUGGGACGACCAUAAGGGAAUGUGUGAUUACAUGUACAAGGUCAAGUGCAUUGGACGCAAGAAGUUGGCCCAGCAGUAUACUUACUUUCACGAUUCGACUCUAUUGAAACCUCAACCUUAUGCAAGCUGCGGCGAAAAUAUGUUUGCACCAUUCCCUGGAGAUUGCACCCAGUACAUGCAAUGCCUUUGGGGAAAAUAUGAAAUUUUCCAAUGUGCACCCGGACUGUACUGGAAUAGUGAAAUGAAAAUAUGUGAUUGGCCCAAAGGUUCUCAUUGCGAACAAACUGACAAUGAAAUAGAACCAGCCGUGCCAGAUCCGGAGGGUCCCAGUGAACCUUCUUACAAGCCAACCACCUCCAAGCCUAGCACCACAUCGAAACCGCAAUCUACAACUGAAUGGCAGUACCAGCCGCCCACGACGAGCGAACCAGGCGAGAAUCCAUGGGAAUGGCAUCCACCAAUACCACCAACAUCGGAAAAACCGCCGCUAUCGGAACCCUUAAAGCCGAAAUCUGACUAUUUUAAAAUCGUUUGCUACUUUACCAAUUGGGCGUGGUACCGACAGGGGCAAGGGAAGUACUUGCCUGAGGACAUCGAUGAAAAUUUAUGUACCCACAUCGUAUACGGGUUUGCCGUUUUGGACUUUUCCAAUUUGAUUAUUAAGGCGCACGACUCUUGGGCCGAUUUCGACAAUCAAUUUUAUAAAAGGGUGAUCGCUUACAAGUCCAAGGGAGUGAAAGUCUCUAUUGCCAUUGGGGGUUGGAACGACUCCCAAGGCGAUAAAUACUCACGUCUAGUAAAUAACCCGUCGGCUCGCAGUCGUUUCAUCGAGCACAUCGUUAAAUUCCUGGAUAAAUGGGGAUUCGACGGUUUAGAUCUGGAUUGGGAGUAUCCGAAGUGCUGGCAAGUGGACUGCAAGAAGGGACCGGACUCUGAUAAACCAGCCUUUUCAGCUUUUGUCAAAGAACUAAAGGAAGCCUUCAGACCCAAGGGCUACUUACUAUCGGCAGCUGUUUCCCCAAGCAAAACCGUCAUAGACGCCGGAUAUGACGUUCCGGUUCUUGGAGAAUAUCUGGAUUGGGUUGCAGUGAUGACGUACGAUUUCCAUGGGCAAUGGGACAAAAAGACCGGGCACGUGGCCCCCUUGUUUUAUCACCCUAAAGAUGAAGUCACUUGGUUUAACUCGAAUUUCUCGUUGCACUACUGGAUCUCCGAGGGGGUGCCCCGAAGAAAGAUCGUUAUGGGUAUGCCACUCUAUGGUCAGUCCUUCAGGCUCGAGAACGAGAAGGAAAAUGGUUUAAACGCGAUGGCUCCAGGCCCUGGAGAAGCUGGAGAGUUCACCAAGGCCGGCGGAUUCUUGGCAUAUUAUGAAAUUUGCGAUAGGGUCCAGAAUAGAGGAUGGACCGUAGUGAAAGAUCCUAAGAGGCGCAUGGGACCGUAUGCUUAUAAGGGCAACCAAUGGGUGUCUUAUGAUGACCAAGAAAUGAUCCGCAUUAAAUCUGAGUUUAUUAGAAGGAUGGAUCUGGGAGGUGGCAUGAUUUGGGCGUUGGACUUGGAUGACUUUAAGAACAAAUGCGGAGGAGGGCGUCACCCUCUUUUAACUACUAUCCGCAACGUCUUGGCUGAUGAAGGUACUGGGGUACCAGAACCAAUCCCACCAAUAGAUGACUCCGACGAAACAAAACCUGCAGUAGAAGCGGUAGAGGUUGAAGUAGAAACUCAUCAAGCGUCUACCGUAGACGGAUCACCGAUUGCACCCUCGACCCCCCAAAGUACCUCCAUAGUGGACGUUAACAGUGAAUUCAAGGUGGUUUGCUACUUUACCAAUUGGGCAUGGUACAGACAAGGGAGAGGCAAAUAUUUGCCGUCCGAUAUCGAUCCCAACUUGUGCACUCAUAUCGUUUAUGGAUUCGCCGUCUUGGAUGGAGAUUCAUUGAUUAUCAAACCACAUGACACCUGGGCUGAUUUUGAUAAUAAGUUUUAUGAAAAAGUAACCGCAUUCAAAGCCAAAGGUAUUAAAGUCUUGAUAGCUAUAGGAGGAUGGAACGAUUCAGCUGGAGAUAAAUAUUCCAGACUAGUAAAUGACCCCGGGGCCAGAAGAAGAUUUAUUACUCGCGUGAUGGACUUUAUCGAGGAGAAUAACUUUGACGGUCUGGAUUUGGAUUGGGAGUAUCCGAAAUGUUGGCAGGUGGACUGUAACAAGGGUCCGGCAACAGAUAAGCCAGCGUUCGCAGAUUUAGUCAAGGAACUCCACGAAGCCUUUAGGCCAAAGGGCUGGUUACUCUCGGCAGCAGUUUCGCCUAGCAAGAGAGUCGUGGAUGCUGGAUACGACGUUCCAGCUCUUAACACCUACUUGGACUGGAUCGCCGUGAUGACUUACGACUAUCACGGACAGUGGGACAAAGUGACCGGACACGUCGCCCCGAUGUACGCCCAUCCUGAAGACAUAGAUGCCACUUUUAACGCUAAUUUUACUAUUAAUUACUGGAUCGAGCAGGGAGCUGACCGAAAGAAAAUCGUAAUGGGAAUGCCGAUGUACGGUCAGUCCUUCUCUUUAGCUGAAACUAACGAUAACGGAUUGAAUGCUCCCACUUAUGGGGGUGGUGAGGCGGGCGAGGAAACUAGAGCCAGAGGUUUUCUGGCCUAUUAUGAGAUAUGUUCCAACAUAAUCAAAAAAGACUGGAAAAUAGUACGUGAUCGACAAGGUCGCAUUGGUCCAUACGCUUACCUAAGGGACCAAUGGGUUUCCUUCGACGAUAUCGGAAUGAUCAGACACAAGUCGGAGUACAUCAAAGCGAUGGGCCUCGGCGGAGGCAUGAUUUGGGCUUUGGAUUUGGACGAUUUCAAAAACGAGUGCGGCUGCGAAGAAUAUCCAUUACUUAGGACCAUCAAUCGGGUACUUAGGGAUUAUGCCGUUCCAGACCCUAAAUGCGUCUUGGGCAAAGGUCAAGACAAACCGUUAGGAAAACCAAGCACACAGGGUCCACCCAGCUGGCAAGUAACCAGUAGUACCACAAGCAAACCAAUGAUGCCAAGCACCGAACCUCCAUUAAUGUCACUGUCGUGUAAUGGCAAUGCUUUUAUGUUGGACCCCACCAAUUGUAAUCAGUAUUAUUUGUGUAAUCAAGGUCACUAUACUCUUCAGUCCUGCCCCAGCGGCCUGUACUGGAAUCAAAACCAUUGUGAUUGGCCCGAAAAUACUUCCUGCCAUCCGGACGGUACCACCACUGAAACCUCCGAACCUAAUCAAGAACCAACUGCACCACCUGCUGUAGAAACUAGUACUAGUUACAUUCCUCCUGUUCCGUCCAGUACUGAGUACAUCCCUGCUGCCUCCGGGGAGUACAAAGUCGUUUGUUACUUUACUAAUUGGGCCUGGUAUAGACAAGGCGAAGGAAAAUAUUUACCAUCAGAUAUAGACCCGACUUUGUGCACGCAUAUUAAUUAUGGAUUCGCCGUUCUGGAUCCGAAUACUUUGACCAUUAAGCCUCACGAUUCUUGGGCAGACAUUGACAACGACUUCUACAGUAAAGUAGUUGCAUACAAGUCCAAAGGAAUCAAGGUACUAAUAGCUAUUGGAGGCUGGAAUGACUCGUUAGGCGAUAAAUAUUCUCGACUUGUGAACAAUCCAGAGGCUAGAGCCCGAUUCGUCGCCAACGUGCUUCAAUUUAUCGAAAAAUGGGGCUUUGAUGGCUUGGAUCUGGAUUGGGAGUAUCCCAAAUGCUGGCAGGUGGAUUGCAAUAAGGGUCCAGACUCGGACAAACAGGGAUUCGCAUCGUUUGUGAAAGAGCUCAGCGUGGCCUUUAGACCCAAAGGUCUUCUAUUAUCCUCCGCGGUAUCUCCAAGUAAAGCGGUCAUCGAUGCAGGAUAUGAUGUGCCAACUUUAAGUCAGUACUUUGACUGGAUCGCUGUUAUGACGUAUGAUUUUCACGGCCACUGGGAUAAGCAAACUGGCCAUGUGGCCCCUCUUUACUAUUAUCCUGGAGAUCUUUAUGAUUAUUUUAAUGCGAACUUCUCGAUGCACUACUGGAUCGAAAAGGGAGCAGAUCCCAAAAAACUGAUCAUGGGCAUGCCGUUGUACGGACAGUCGUUCAGUUUGGCAGAUAGUUCGAAAUAUGGAAUAAACGAGGCGGCUUAUGGGCCAGGAGAGGCCGGGGAGGCCACGAGGGCCGGUGGAUUUUUAGCCUUUUAUGAGAUUUGCGAUCGAGUUAAAAGCAGGAGUUGGACAGUAAAAAGGGAUCCUUUGGGUAGAAUAGGCCCGUACGCCCAUAUGGGAAACCAAUGGGUGUCUUACGAUGAUAUUGCCGAUAUCAGGCGAAAGUCGCAAUUUGUAAAGUCUUUGGGAUUGGGUGGUGGCAUGAUUUGGGCCCUGGAUCUGGACGAUUUUCGAAAUAAAUGUGGAUGCGGGAAGCAUCCGCUACUGAAAACAAUGAACCAGGAACUGAGGGGGAUCCCGUCGGAUAUAACUGUGGAAAAUUGUACUUAAUGUGAUCAUUUUUAUUAAGUGAUAUAGGGUGCAAGGAAAGCGAUGCUGUUCCGAGCAUUCUAUAUGAAGACUAUCUGACAACAUAUUACACAAGUCUUGUUGUGUCGAUAGUCUGAUUAUUUUUUUUACGAAAAAAUUGGGGAAUUCUGGGAAAGGAUUUUUUUUUAGUUUUCUGAUGUAGUUUUUAAGGUUAUUAGACUGAUAAGUAAGUCUUGAGUAUGAUUUUUUUUAUAUAUUGAUUAUAAAGCCAUUUGUAGUGAAAUAAACAAAAAUAUGUAAA